GUCCCUGGAGGCAACAUGACGGAGUAUAAGCUCGUGGUGGUGGGCACUGGCAACGUGGGGAAGAGUGCCCUGACCAUCCAGUUCUUCCAGAACCACUUCGUGGAAGAGUACGACCCCACCAUCGAGGACUCUUACCGGAAGCAAGUGGUUAUCGAUGGGGAGACGUGCCUGUUGGACAUCCUGGACACGGCCGGCCAGGAGGAGUACAGCGCCAUGCGGGCCCAGUACAUGCGCACUGGCGAGGGUUUCCUCUGCGUGUUCGCCAUCAACAACACCAAGUCCUUCGAGGAUAUCCACCAGUACCGGCAGCAGAUCGGGCAGGUGAAGGACUCGGACGACGUGCCCAUGGUGCUGGUGGGGAACAAGUGUGACCUGGCUGCACGCACCGUGGAGACCCAACAGGCGCAGGACCUGGCCUGCAGCUACGGCAUCCCCUACGUCGAGACCUCGGCCAAGACGCGCCAGGGCGUGGAGGACGCCUUCUACACGCUGGUGCGUGAGAUCCGGCAGCACAAGCUACGCAAGGUGAGCCCGCCAGAUGAGGGCAGCCCCGGCUGCAUGAGCAGCAAAUGCGUGCUCUUCUGA